AUGAUGGAUACUGGUGUUUCGAUUUCUGUCAAUUUACUUUCCAACGUAGUGUAUAGAGCAACCAAUAUUAAUCGAAUAUUUUCCAACUUUAGCUGUGCACAAUGUGCAUGUGCUGCUUUAUUGGACGCUGCUAGUGGAUGGAAUUGUAUCACAAACAAUAGUACAUGUCAGUUAAUCAAAAACUAUUCUUCUACCGAUGAUGGCUUGAUGAUAUUAUCUAAUGCGAGUUUUUUCUACCUGCAACUUCCACCGCAAGCAGCAUAUACAAAAAACGUAACAACAGUCUCAACGACAUCAUCAUCAACAUCAACAACAACAACAACGGUAACAAUGACAUUUCCAUCAUGUACAACGACUCCUGCAAGUAAUCUGUUGCAAAGAAAUGGCGCAACUCCAUGGACUCUCUUUUCAUUCAAUUACACAGCAGUGACCUCGGCACCUACUCUCAUGUUUGGAUUCAAUAAUGGCCCAGCAGAUACAAACUACUUGGACGAUGUAUCUAUCAUUCUUGCUAGUGCGCCGCUUAUUCAACUGUUGCAGAAUCCUGCCUUUGAAAACUCAUCAUCAACACCAACUGGUUGGAUAACAUCGUGUCAAUCAGGAUGUGGUGCUGGAGAUCAGGGUCAAAUAACAAGCAGUAGCUGCUAUUCUGGUAACUGUUACAUUGAUCAUUGCCAAAAUCCUAAUUAUGAUUUUCUUGCUCAAUCCUUCCCGGCCACAAUUGGUUAUAACUACAUAAUCUCAUUUCGACUCUAUCAGACGGGAGUAUCAUCGUGUCUUCUUUCGAAAAUUCUUAUCUUGAAUAUAAAAAAGAUACUAACUAUGCCACUCUAUGUUAUUGAACAUCCAAAGACACUACUAACCAAGCAACAAAAGGAGCGAGUAUGCAAAGAAAUCACAAACAUUCAUUGCACUGUAACUGGUGCUUUACCUGCACUUGUCAACGUUGUAUUUCAUUCAACUGAUGAUAACGUUGAAUUCAUCAAUAAUAAACCUCGCCAUAAAGCACGAAUUAUUGGUCAUAUUCGAGCUGGUCGAUCAGCCGAGUCAAAGGAAUCUUUGAUUUCUCAAAUAAAUAAUGCAUGGAUGACGAUUGUGGGUGAACGUUGCCAUCUUAUUGGCUUAAACGACGUAAAUCCCGAAAAUGCUGCUGAAGAUGGCAUCAUGCUUCCCGCAGCAGGAGAAGAAAUGGAAUGGUUAGAGAGAAAUCAUAAGAUCUUUGAAGAGCGUGCCGAGAAAGGCGAGGAAACUUCACGAGAUUUUCUCGCUGAUCUAAAGGCCAUGCAAUCGAAAUUAUAA